AAUCCACUGAGCUGUAACGAAAAUGUAUUUCUCUCCAUAAUCUAAUGGUGGGGAGAAUUAUGAAUAUGAAAAAAAUAUGAUUUUGUUUCUGAUGGUUGAACUUUCAUUGUCAGCACAUUUAAAAAGAAAACGAUAAGAAAAGUUUUCUUACAGGUCCAUGAUGAUGAGAAUGAGGCUGCCAAUCCUCGUGUGCCUUCUUGGUUCAUUUCUGGAGGCUGAUGCCCAGAAUUCACAGGCUUGUAUUACUGAUGUGACUAACAGAGCUCCAGCAAACACAGACAUAACCGUGAACUGUGGUACCCAGUCUAUGGACCUGAGCAUCUACCUUUGCCCUAUUUAUAACUCGCAAUACAACGAGUCUCUGAUGGUCCUCAACAAUCAGAUCGGCAACCCUCUGUGUUACGGGACUGCUGACUGGACUGUUUCUCCACCAGUUCUGAGAUUUAAAUUCCCUAUAAAUGACACUUCUCUCUCAAGCUGCGCUAACAUCUAUCAGAUAACUACCCAGGCUGGAACUGGACAGUGGGCAGAUUUCUCAAAUGUCCAGACUGUGAACAUCUCCGGCUCGGUUACAGCUAUCGACCCUUCUGUAGGCGUUAUCAGCUAUCGCCAGCAGAUCCUCUACAAGUUCUCCUGUGCUUACCCGUUGCAGUACCUGCUCAACAACACUCAACUCAGCGUAUCUGGUGCAAAUGUUGCCAUAAGAGACAACAAUGGUAGCUUCGUUAGUACCCUGAGUAUGACACUCUAUAAAGACAGCACGUAUCAAACAGUGCUAACAGUUCCACCAACUGGACUUAAUAUAAGGUCCAAGAUUUAUGUGGAAGUCAAAGCUUCUAAUCUAACACAGAAGUUCAACAUACUGCUGGACAGAUGCUACGCCACAACAAGUCCAUUACCCAUGCAAAGUAGCUUUUAUGACCUCUUUGUGGGGUGUACACGUGAUCCAAAUACCGCAGUGGACAGCAACGGGGUUGCACAAACAGCACGCUUCAACUUUCAGGCCUUCAGAUUUGUGGAGCAAAAAAACCUGACUAUUUCGACUUUCUACCUCCACUGUACCACCAGGCUCUGCGAUGUAGCCACAUGCGGCUCAUUACUGCCCAACUGCAAUGCUCCUGCAGGCAGAAGAAGGAGGGCAGUAGCAACCGAGGAUGUGCCGGUCAACGCUACAAUCACUUCUCAGGCUAUACGUGUGAGCGAGGAUAAGAGCGUUGACGCCGCUUCUUCCUCAGCUGCUCAAGGUAACACCCCGCUGUAUCAGAUGCUUGUCUGGGGAAUCAUCUUUAACGGACUGCUUUCUUGGUGCAUUACCUCAGCUCACUUAUAACUGUCCUCAUGCGCCGUCAUCGUUUGCAUCAUCACCCUGACUUUCAUGACUGCCAACUCGAGAGAAAACAUGGCCUGACUAAGACUGGAGCACUUGUUGCCCCAUCUCCAAGUGACUGUUCUUCGUCAUCUAAGCAUGAACAUUUGACCUUAAAUAGUCAUUAAUUUUGGCAUGCAAAUACAUGCAAAUUUAUAGAAAAUAGUUCAUUAUUAGGGAAAUAAAGGCUCAGUAUUAACUGAGUAAAAUAAUCAGUUAUUUCCUUUAAUCUUUUUUAUUUUGUUGCAGUAUUUAAUGUUGUACUAUCUUCUGUAGUCAGUCAGGAAUGUGGUUCAUUCAGGUAGCUUUUGCAGAGUUUUAUUCUUUUAUUUGAAAGAAUCCCCAUAUUAACACUGACUGUUACGACUAAACAAGCUGUCACAGUAAUGUAGGAUGACAGUUUACUGUCUGACAUUUAUUAUGUAAGAUCUGUGCAUGUAAACUAAAUAUUUCUACCGUAUUCUUUUGUCAGUUUGAAUAAACUAAGCUUUCACUAUUCAAUGUUGACCAAUAGAAUAAACAUAAAAGGCA